AAGAGAACAAUUAAAAAAACAAAAAACAAAACAGAAAAACUGAUUUAGGGGUUAGGGUUUAUAUAUUUGCGUUUCAAACACUAUUCUUCUUCUUCGAUGCAAACUUGGAACACAAAAACACAAACACUGUCACGAAACAAAAAACAUUGAUAAAUUCAAACCAUGGAGUUGUUGAAUCAAUCUGAAAAACAACCAAACAACACAAACACUGUCACUGUUACUGUCACAAAACAACAAGAAAAACCAAAACCAAAACGAUUCAUCAAAAGUCAAAUCCCAGAUUCAAUCCUAAACGACCCACUUCUCAACGCCGCAAUUUCAAUUCUUCCUUCAAACUACAAUUUCGAAGUUCACAAAUGUGUUUGGCGCGUCCGUUCCACCGCCGCUAAACGCGUCGCACUUCAAUUCCCUGAAGGUCUUCUUAUGUAUUCUCUUGUUCUUUCCGAUAUCUUCACCAAAUUCGCCGGCGUUACUCACUGUUACGUUCUCGGUGAUGUGACUUAUGGUGCUUGUUGUAUUGAUGAUUUCUCUGCUCUUGCACUUGGUGCUGAUUUGCUUAUUCAUUAUGGUCAUAGUUGUUUGGUUCCGAUUGAUUCAACUACGAUUCCUUGUCUUUAUGUUUUUGUUGAUAUUAAGAUUGAUGUUGAUCAUUUAGUUGAUACUGUUAGGUUGAAUGAAGGGUUUCUUGGUAAGAAUUUGAUUAUUGCUGGGACGAUUCAGUUUGCGUCUGGGAUUCGGGCUGUGAAGCCGGAAUUAGAGAAAUUAGGGUUUAGGGUUUUGAUUCCUCAGUCGAAGCCGUUGUCGGCUGGUGAGGUUUUAGGGUGUACUGCGCCGAAGGUGGUGAAAUCGGUGGAUGAUAUUGGAGAGAGUGUUUUGGUUUUUGUAUCGGAUGGAAGGUUUCAUCUUGAAGCGUUUAUGAUAGCGAAUCCGGGGAUUAAGGCUUUUAGGUAUGACCCUUAUGUGGGGAAGUUGAUUUUGGAGGAAUAUGAUCAUGUGGGUAUGAAGGGGUCGAGGAAAGAUGCGAUUUUGAAAGCGGGGGAGGCUAGGAAUUGGGGUGUUGUUUUAGGGACUUUGGGUAGGCAAGGGAAUCCUAAGAUUUUGGAGAGAUUGGAAAAGAAAAUGAGGGAUAAAGGAUUUGAAUAUACUGUGGUUUUAAUGUCUGAGUUAAGCCCUACGAGGAUCUCUUUGUUUGAAGAUUCUGUGGAUGCUUGGAUUCAGAUUGCUUGUCCUAGACUUUCUAUUGAUUGGGGGGAGGCUUUUCUCAAACCAGUUCUUACUCCUUUCGAGGCCGAGAUAGCACUCGGAUUGAUACCUGGUUGGUGGGAGAAAACUCAAGUGCAGAAACAGAGUUGUGAAGAUUUUACAGGUUGCAAUAAGAGUGACUGUUGCUCUAACAGUAGCUGCGGAGAUGCAAAGGGCACUCAAGAUUUUGGUGGGGAUUAUCCGAUGGACUAUUAUGCUCAAGAUGGAGGAGACUGGAAUUCCUCUUAUGUGAAAAAGUCUAGUCGUCCUGCUAGGAAAAUUUCUGUAACUUCUGUUGCUAAUAAUGUCGUUUCACAAUAGUCUUAAAUUUGCUUAGUUUUUAUUGUUAUACUUAUAAUUAUAAUGUUUUGCUCAAGCAGCAGAGUCAAUAGCGCUAUUGUUUUGUUAUUGGCAUGGCCAUUUUUGACAAUUAGGCUACAUUGCUUAUUUCUUGUUGAUAAGCUAUUCUUCUAAAAAGGGUAAAGGGAGCAGUUGUAACUUGUAAGUCACAUGAGUCGAAUUCUUGUUGAAUUUAUGCGAACCAUUCUCACGAACUUGUUUCUGCAACUGUGCCUGUCAGCAAAGGAACUAAGAGAUAACAUCUCAAGAUGUGUCACCCAUUAUGAUGAAGACCUUGAAAUAAUUUAGGAUCACAAACCUUGAAAUAGUUGCAUGAAAAUCUCCCGUUUCAUAUGCAGGAGUACCACCAGCGGCAGCUACAAUACAAGUAGCUGGAAGGAUUACAUACCUCUCGAUUAUUUGGCCAGGAAGAGUUUAUAUUGGUCUUCAAUUUGAGUAUGAACGCGUUUACAAGUGUAUUUUUAACAAGGCACAUAGUUUUUGAGUUGAUUCUUCUAAUUCUAAGUAGUUGGCAUACAAAAUGUUUUAUAGUAUGUUGUUUUUAACAAUUUGAUUGUGACAGCUUUAGUGACUAUAUUAUUUGUCUUUGUUGAUCCCUUUUAAUCUUUCCACUUUGUUGUUUAAAUUGCUUGAAAUUUAAUUAAAAUGGAAAUCAGCAUUUGAUUGCUUCAUGGAAGUUGAAUUCUA